CAAUCAUCGAACGCCAAGUAUUCGAUUUUCUCGGAUACAUGUGGGCGCCCAUAUUGGUCAAUUUCUUUCACAUAAUAUUCAUCAUAUUGGGAUUUUAUGGAGCAUAUCAUUUUAGAAUAAAAUAUAUAAUAACCUAUUUAGUAUGGAGCUUCAUUUGGAUUGGUUGGAAUGCGUUUCUGAUAUGCUUUUACCUGAAUGUAGGCAUAUUGGAUCGGGACAGCGAUCUGCUCAAUUUGGGCACCGGUAGCGUCUCCUGGUUCGAGGUGAACGGUUAUGGUUGCAAGCCAACAUAUCCAGUGAAUAUCACCUCAGACGAUCCAUUUCGUCCCAUACGUCCGGAACGUGUGGAUGAUUGCUUAUUAGAUUAUACUAUAGUCGAAGUAGUACAAUCGGGUGUGCAAUGUGCUUUAGCGUUACUUGGUAUUUUAGGCGCCAUAUUAAUAAGUUACAUAUUCCUCGAUGAAGAUGACAGAUUCGAUUUCGUGAAUGGCGACGCCAAGAGUCCCCAGCACACGGUGGUCCAUCCAAUGUACGUGAGCUACAGCAGCAUACCGACCUCGGCAAGCGCUAGCGCCACAUUGCUCUCAAACAAGCAUCACAACAAUCACCAAGCACUUAACAACAAUAACAACCACCACCAAAUUCAUCCGCAACAACAGCAACUGCAACUGCAGCAGCAGCUCAGUCAUCAUCAGCAACCAAAUAAUUUUAACAGUAACACAUUUCUAAUACACACGAACAGCAUCAGCAACAACAGCCAUAGCCAUAGCCGUAGUCAUAGUCAUAAUCAUAGUCAGAGUCAGAGUCAAAGCAACAAUAGUCGCAGCCGCAGCCGCAGCCGCAGCAAUAGCCAAAGUGGUGGGGUUGGUGGCGGUGGCAUUGGCAAUGGCGGCGGUGGCGCGGCGAGAAAGGGUCGUGGCGGCGGCGGUGGCGGCGGUGGCGGUGGCGAUGGCAACUGCAACUCGCUCAGCGCAAGCAAAACGAGUACACUGACGCGCAUUCUUUACAGCCCGAAGAGUAGCAAUAAGAUCGGCUCAUCCACGGGCAACACCAUACUCCCCGUAGAUAUGUUGCAGCGACAACAAUCGCUACCACAAACGCAUACCGUGACGUCAUUAGGCGGUGGCGGCGGGCAGCACUACUAUGACGACAGCACUGCCAAAGCGGAUCAGCUGUACACGAACAGCAAUCGACGGCAAUUCUUGAAUGGUAUGACAUAUCAGCAGCACCAACAGCAGCAGCAGCAACAACAAAAUGCUGGCACACCAAACUCCUCAACGCACGACAACACCACAUCGUCGCUCUCGUAUGCUUCGCUGCAGAAUUCCAAUUUGAAUUUGACACAGAGCUUGCGUGGCGGCCAUGGUGGUGGUGGGUUUGGCUACACGGGCACGGGUGGUGGUGGUAAUGGCAUGUGUGCGGGUGUGGUGGGCUCUAGCUCUGGCGGUUUUGGUCGUGGCGGUGGCGGUGGCGGGGGCAUGACCGCCGCCUCGUCGCAAGCCACGCUCAGUCCGCUUAGCAAUAGCCAAUUUAGUCUCAGCAAUAGUAUCAACAAUAAUUAUAGCAACCAUAGUGGCAGCACCGCCAACAACAACAACCACACCAAUUACAGCAAUGUCUUAAAUAACCAUACUAACUAUGUAAAUAACAAUAACGGUAGCAUGGGUAGCGGCGUUGGUGGCGGUCACUUCGCGCGCAUUCACGCUAAACCCAAGCCGCCUAAGUCGACGAGCUACAGCAGCUUCAUCAACAAUGGCAGCGCGGCGAAUCUCACUAAUGGUGUCGGCAUCGGCGUCGGUGGCGGCGGCAGCGGCAGCGCUGGGGGUUCCAUGACCAAUAUCCAUCGUCCAGACAUCAAGUAUACGCAAAUGUCCAACGAGCGCCUGUCGCGCAACUUGGAGGAGGGUCUAGAGGACGACAAUUUCUCGCUGCAGAAUUUCAAAACCGAUGACGGUAUUACCUAUGUACCCUUCCAGAAACCAACGCCAGGCGCACUCUUCGUCGGCCAGAAUAACAAUCCCUCGUAUGUGUCGUUGAACUCAUUUGGAGGCACGCAGAUUUCGCCCAACAACAAUGCUAGUCCAAAUACGAUUAACAACAAUGCUUUACCGCAAUUCACGCGCAGCAUUUCUCAGUUGGCGCCACCACCACCGCCACCGCCACCGGCUCUCCAAGAAGGAGAGAUACUUUUAGAGCGCGGCGCUGUACUACAACCCGCCUACAACUAUCAGCCACAUGCACAGCAACAGCAAAUGCUGUUGCAGUCACAGGCUGCACAAGGCGCGCAGCAACAGCAACAGCCACUAAUGAAUCCUGCCAAUCGUUUUCUCUACCAACAAAACGGCCUACCAUUCCAUCCAGCCUACAAUAAGCCCAUUCCAGUGCCACUACCGGUGCCCACGCAUACGUCGUCGCCCAUGUCUGCGCAAUAUCAUCACCACAUGAGCCCAGUCGCCAAACAACCGCCACGCCCAACAAACAUUCCAUUACCCACCAUUCCGCCACAUUCAUUCGACACGCCCAUUUCACCCUCAGAGGUUACACCUCCACCACCUCCUGCGCCACGUCCACACAUUUUCCAGCCACGUUCCGGCCAUGCGCCCUACCCCGAUCUCUCACCUGAGGUGACCGAGAAAUAUGCCAUGCCCACACAGUACGUACCGCGCUCACCGGUCGCUUCGCGUAUUGCGCGUCGUCAGCGCCAACAACAACAGACGUCGCAUAAUUAUCACCACCAGCAGUCGGCGCAGCCGGCGACGCAUCACGUGAAUACGUCAGCAAACUUUUGCGAUCAAGUGCGUGAUGCGCCACCUGGCUAUAUAGUGGACGCAGGCUUCAGCAUUGUGCGCGCCAAAAGCUAUGACCGCCUGGCCUCGUCGUCGUCGGGUUCCGUGCGACGCGAUGCGAAAGGCGAAGCACAGUCGAAGCAGGCGCAAGUCAAUGCCGAAGCAGCGCCGCAUGUAAAUAGGCGCAGUGGUCGUCGUGAUGCCGCCGCACGCGCGCGUCCACGAUCCUAUUGCAAUUCGAUGUCUGGUGGUGAGGGCGUGAUACGCGGUAGUUUGGUCUAUGAGCGCGAUUUUGUGGUCGAGAGUGGAGUUAAUGGUGCUGAUGGUGUUGGUAGUAGUGGCGCAGGUGAGGGAGGUGGACAGUUUGUUGGUGGUGAUCAGUUGGCAUAGGCAGAGGCUGGGAAAGUGAGUAGUACAGUAUUGGAGGCACAAAAGCUGCGAACUACCAGCGAUCGUACACGAUAUUGAGGUAGAGUUUCGGAGAAGGGAUAUGCAUACAUAGUAUUCGGGAAUAUAGUUGACAAAACCGCUUUGUAAAAUGUACAGUGAUUGAGAAAAGCCAAUGGAUGCAUUCUUUCUCGAUAGGCUGAGAGCGUAAUGAGGUCAGAAAAAUAAUUAGCGCAUGACAUUUUUUGCGAUAAAACGAUGUUGAAAGCAAUAAAAGUAGGAGAUACAGAUUUUCCGAAGCUCUUAGAGCGGCGACUAACUUGUAGAGCUUUUGCUCUUUUGAUGCUCAUGUAAAAUCAACAGAAAUCUUUAAAGGCUCUGCCCGCGGUCUAUGUUUUUGAUCGAGUCCGCCUUAGAGCGGUGAUGAAAUUCUGAACUUUUUAAGCUUUCUAUCUAUUUUAUAUAAGCAUGCACAGGCUAAAAGCCCUCUCUGCUCAUUACAGCCUCAAGAGUUUUUAGUCGUCUUAAAUUGGUCAUGACAAAUUUUAAGCGCUUCAGUAAAACCAUAAGGAGCUUACAUAGGUUUAAAGGAGUUGUGAGCGCCUUUGUACAAAGGGUGGAAUUUCAAAAGCUCUUUCUGUAGCACGAAAGCUCCUCAAGGAAUAACAAAGUGCACAAAUGCACUCGGGUAAGAAAUUUAAAAAAAAGGUCAAAAAGCAAGAGAUUAUUAGACCGAUUUGUAGAGUAGUGAUCGAAAGCAAAAAUUUUAAAGCUAUUUGUAGCUAAAAGCCGUAGAAGUGGUACUUUGUGAAGAAAAAGUUGUGCUCAAAGGACUUUUACUUUCCAAAACCGUUACCUACAUAUAUAUUGCACUUACAGCCUCUCCAAAGUCACCGAGAAUCGCCAAGAAGUAGCUAUCAUUCCAUUCAAAGCGGUGUCAGUUCAUUUCUGUGUUUUAUCUGUACCCACUUUCAUUGCGCUUAAACUCACUUCAUUCAUUUAUAUUCAUGCCCAUGCCGCUGCAUUGGUUUUGUUUAAAAUUUUCUUGCUAUUUUCUUUUAAUUUCAUUAAUUUUAAUUUCUUAGACUCAUAGAUUACGAUUGCUGAUUUGAAUGCUCUCAUUUGCGGAAAAGUGGUGGUUAAAUGGUUGUUGAAGCUUCUUCUUUAUCUAACUCACUCUCUCACGUAGCUGCGGCCUCUCAAUCGAACAUGAAAAAUUUAAUCAUGCUCUCAAACAUGCAAGCUCUCUACUAAAUCGUUUAUUUAACGCGCGCCAGCCCACUUCGUGUCACCGUGGCGCCGUCGCGCCGUUAAAUGUUGCUUGCGCUGAAGUUGCUGUUGCUACUAUCUACGAGGGCGAUGUUGCUGCAAUACAUAUAUUGCUAAGUGAAUAUAAAUUUGCCACAGCAAACGGCUUAAAAGAUGUAUGUAAAGGUCAAGCGAAUUCCUUGAAAAAUUAAAUAUUAAGAAAACGCUAAUCAAUUUAAUGGCAUGUAAAUGUUUGCAAAGAAUGCAAGUGAAGAAAUUUGAAAUUCAAUGUUGUGUACUAAAAAUGUGUUAAAGAAAAACGGAAAUGAAAAAUGUUCCAAAAUAUUUGGUGUUGUUAGUUAGUUUGUGUAUUAGAAUUUAUGUUCUUAACCUGCAUACGAAUACAUACUUACAACACACACGUAUACAUACUUAUACACUUGUUUGUAUUGUAAAUUGAUGAUGUAAAUUAUACUAUAUACAUACAAUGUAUUAUUAUUUAACGAACACACAUACUUAUUUAGUUAUAUGUAUGUAUGAAUAUUCUUGUACAUAAUAUUGUUUUUUUUUUUUGCUACAACAUAAAAUAACUUGUAAUUCUUAUAACAAUACUGGUAUGGGUAUUCGAUUUGUUUUGAACGAAUUUGGAGUUAGAAAUCUCACAAAACUGGAUACACAAAACACGAUUAAUAAGUAGCUUAGCUAAACACAAAAUUAGUAGGGUUUGAGCGCAUAUGACGGUGCUGGCAACAUGUAUCGGGCGACGGCAUGUUGCUAGCGCUGGCGUAGAGGAGAAUAUGUUGGUAGCGGAGGUGGUGGGCGUACGUGGCAAUUAACAAAUCACAUGAGGGAUUUAUUGAGUUAAAUCGAGAAUGAGAUUAAUAAAGAUCAGUGCAAAAUAUCGCGAAAGAGAGUGAAGUGAGAUCAAGGUAAUUAAAGAGAAAAGGGAAAAUAAAUAUAGGCAAAGAAAAAUGAGAACGUUGGGACCGAAGUGAUAAGUAGAAGGAAAAAAAAUACGGACAAAGACAUGUUUACAACUUAAAGUACGGGCAUAGAAAGAGACACAGAUAUGGAACCAAAAGAAAAAGUAAUAAAAUAAAAUAAAAAUACAGUUAUCUAAAGAAACAGAUAUAAUAUGCAGGUUCAGACAAAAAAACGAUAAACAUAAAAUUUUAUAAAGAGAUCAAGAUAACAACAAUGAAGAGAUAAUGACAAACAGGCGCAUCAAUAUCAAGGGAACGAUAACGAUAAAGAUAAUAUUAAAGACAUAGAAAAAAAGAUAAAAAA